GAAUGUUAAUUCAUGUAAAAUGAAAGUGCACUGCAUACGAAGUAGUUAUUUUAUGACGGUGUUUCUGUCGGGAAAGGAAGAGGAAUCCUCGCUUGAAAAACUGUAAAGAUUGACGCAUUCGCUAAUUCUUCAAGUUAUCAAAGACAAGUUUCAAGCUCGUGCCUCAUCAACAAUGGAUGACGAAUAUUCAUAUUACGACGACGACGACGAUUAUGAAGAAGAAGAAGAAGGGAAUGAAGAUCUUGGUUCUUUUAAUGUCAGUGACUUUGUUGACAAAGAAGAUGGCGGAGUUAGUGAAACAGUUGAAGAGAAUAAGAGAGACAAGGAGUUGGGUUUUUCAUUUGCUGUCAACAAGAACGAGAAAGAAGAGCAGGAAGAGGAAGAAGAGGACCCGGAGGAAUUUGAACGAAAAUCAAAACAACUGCAAGAGAUAUUCAGUUGUUUGCCACCAGUUCUUAUCAAGAGAAUUCUCCGUCGAGAUGACGUGAAAGGAAAUAUCGAAAAAGCCAGUGAGAAGCUUCAAGAGUUUCAAGAUAUGGAGAAUCCUGCGGACCUUUUUAAAAAUCCAGCUGAAGGAAAACCAUUGAUUAAGAAACCUGAAGGAAAAUUUGAAAAUCCUCAGACACACGGUCCUAUUAAGCAAGCUUGGAUGGCAGAGGACAAAUCUUCCGGAGGCCCUGAGCAGGAAAGUAAUAGAGGGAAGAAAAAGAGAAGAAAACCCAGAAAAAAAAAUCAGACGCAAGGGCAACAUGGCGAUGCAGAACUACAAGAUGAAAGAAGAAAUAGUUGUAAUAGCGAUAAGUCUGAUCAAAAUGAGGGGAGCCAAGCUUGUCGAGGCAACAACCCAAGACAAAGAGGCACGACAAGAGGAGGACCACAGAGGGGACCCAGAGGUGGGUUUUUCCAGGGUACAAACAACACCCAAGUGUCUAGAGAUGAUCAAUUUUAUGCCCCUCAAAGACAGUGGUCUGGUCAUCAAAACGCCUUUCCGCCGCAGAGAGGACGUGGAAACCAACGAGGACAAAGAGGUGGCUUUCGUCCGAACCCAAUCGCAGGACAUCGAGAUAAUUCGCUUUAUGGAUCUCAGGAAUGGCGCUUUGGUGAUGGAGGCAAUUUUCAACCUGAAAUGGGACGUGGAAGUCAAGGCAGUCGAGGGCGUCAACCGAAACCAAAACCGAAGCCAAAGGAUAGGGGACGAGGUGGGAGACGGGGUGGCAAUUUCCAGGAGCAACAUCAAAUCCCAAGAGAUUUUGAGGAGGGUGAUCAGUUCUCAGAUACUAAAGACUACUCUCAAUUCAUGCAAAGACAACCAAACCAACGAAAUGCAAGAGGAAGAGAUCCUCAAGGAAAUCAGGUGCAUCCAGUAUCCUUGAGGGAGCUUGUCAGUAGUAAAACCCCGUCCCCCAGUUCUUUCGAUGAUUCGGAUGCAGGGAAGGUUAGACAAGAUGAACCCAGCAAACACAGACAAGGAGACCGCGGUAGGCCACGGAACCGCGGUGGUAACAGAGAUGGCAUUCAAACUGGAAUAAGACGAACACAGAGCAAGUCCAGUGUGGCGGAAGAGGGGCCUACUGAUCAGUCUCAAUUUGAAAGAAAUAAAAUACUCAUUCGAGGGCUGAGUGGGAAAACUUCUCGGGACGGACUGGUGAACUUUAUCGAGGCAAAGAGCAGUGGGGAAGAGGUUAAGGACGUACAGAUGCUGAAGAAUGGAAAAGCCCUAGUCACCAUGGCUGAUGAUAUCAAAGAUUUCAGGAAAAUAAAGACUAAAUGCGAGGAGAGAGGUCUGGAUAGUGCAAAGGUUUCUAUCGAACAAGUCCCAGUUUGCAAAAGCAUCCUUGUCACUGGCUUUUCAGACAUUACCCAUGAUUCAAAAUUAGGCGCUCCUCAGGAACAUUUGGAAUUGUCUUCUUCAGCCAGCGAAUUGUUCAGUUCAGCUUGGAAUCCUGUGGAUGUGACGUAUUCCAUAACAUCGGGAUCUACAGCUAUGUGCAGCUGUUGGGCUUUAGCAUCGGGUGUCUGGCUCACUCGAGAUUCAUUGGCCUCGGUUGUGGGUGCUCCUAAGUCACCAGAAUCCUCUGCUCCAUCAACGUCUUCGUCUUCUAGAAACUCUCGUUUACGGGACAUCCGAUUUGUCGUGUUUAACCAAGAUCAAGCAUUAACUACCGCCUUCAAACAAGAGAUGGACAAACUACAGCCCAAGCAAACUGGCCUCCCUACCAUCACGACUUUAACUAGAGGAAUACGUUCCUUCUUUAGAUGGAAGAAAACAGUGGGGACAUUGGGUGUAAACAUUGAAGUCUUGCAGGGCGACUUGUGCCAGGAAACUACGGAUGCCAUAGUGAAUAUAACAAGUAAGGACUUGAAUAUGGACAGUGCUGGAAAGUUGAGCCAGACAGUGAAACAGCUAGCCGGGCCACAGGUUGAGACUGAGUUGAAGCAGUUCGGACAGCAAUCAGGUGGAACCGCAUUGAUCACCAGCAGUGGAAAUCUCCCUACGCAGAAAAUUAUUCACUUAAUUCCAGACACCAAUAAUAAAGACCACCUCCAGCAGUGUGUUGAAAGAUGUCUUCGGCUGGCAGAGAAGCAUAGUCUUAGAUCCAUUUCGAUUCCUGCAGUUGGUACUGGUGCAUUCCAUGUUUCUGCAGUGGACUCGGCCAGUCUGAUAUUUAAGGCCCUGACAAACUUUAGUGGAAGCUUCCGUAGUGUCCGCAAGGUCAGGAUCGUAAUCUUCGAGUCUCCAAUGUUGUCGGCAUUUCAGCAAGAACAUCAGAGGCACUCGUUUUCUCCACAAGUAGGUGUGGCUCAGCGCAUGACCUUAACUAGCCCUUUCAGUAUCGAGGUGAUAAAUGGUGAUUUGACGCAAGAGAACACUGACACUAUCAUGAAUAUCAACAGCACGGACAUGAACAUGAAUAACGCCGGAGACCUAAGCAAAGCCAUAGCAAGACAGAGUGGUCCACAAGUGCAACAAGAAUGCAACCAAUUGGGAAAGCAGCCUCCUGGAACAGCAAUAAUGACAAGCGGAGGUAAUUUACAAGUACCUCAUAUUAUUCACAUAAUUCCAGGCUCCUCAGAUAAGCAACAUCUCCAGCAAUGUUUGGAGGAGGGUCUUCGCGUUGCGGACGCCAAUAACUUUCAAGCUAUCUCAAUUCCGUGUGUUGGCACAGGAGGAUACGGCUUGAACGGAGCGGACUCAGCCCAACUGACGUUCAAAGCACUAAAUGCAUUCAGUACCCGCUGUAAAAAUAUUCAAAAAGUAAGAGUGGUCGUGUUCCAGGCCUCUAUGAUGCAGGAGUUUCUACAAGAGCAGAAGAAACAGCUGGUGCAAGGUAUUGAAGAAGACAGUGACUCAGAGGAUGCAGUAGCCAGGCAAACCCAAAGACGCGGACGUAGGCAGACACCCGGCCAAAGUGAUGAACAUUCUGUAAGAAUUUCUGUGAUCGGCAAAGACAAGGUGAGCGUGGGAAAAGCCGUGGAGUCCUUGAAGAAAGGUUUCUCUGACGCUUGUACAAUGGAAAAAGUCGAAAGUGAAAUCGUCAGUCAGCUUUCCGAUAAGCAGAAAGAUAUCCUGAGAAAAAAGGCUAAAGACCGUGACGUCAAACUUGAAAUUGAGGAUGACGUUGAUCGCAUUGUCGUUCGUGGUGGACCAACCGAAGUUUCUGGAAUGGUCGGGGAUAUCUGGAAAGAGAUCAGCGAGAGGACGAAGAAGAAGCAGGAGGAAGAACAAGCGAAGUUGGUUUCAAAGAACAUAGAGUGGAGCUACGAAAUACAAGGCAUACAAAUGGCGUUCGCUCCGAAAACAAAUGCCAAGAUUGAGUUGGCCUACAGCAAAGACGAGCAAGCAGUGCAAGUUUCUCUACGAGGAGACAAGUUUGUUAUCGACUUGAAGAGAAACUCUGGACUUGGACAAACAUCUGGUGAACAAAUAACACUGACAAGAAAGGUGAAGGGUGCUGAUGAAGGAAUUGCUCUGCCAAAGCACUGGACACCAAUGCCCGGGCAUGACUCUACUGUACAUAAAGUACAACUGCUCCCAGGCUCCCCUGAGUAUCAAGAUGUCGUACGUAAGUUUCAAGCCACAGCCGGUGCCUUAAAUAUUCAGAAGAUUGAACGCGUACAGAAUCCUCAUUUGUAUCAGUCCUACAUGGUAAGAAAACAGAAAAUGGAUAAAGAUACAGGAGGAAAUAGUGAAAGACAGCUGUUUCAUGGAACUGAUGCUAAAAACGUCAACCAUAUAAACACACAGGGAUUCAACAGGAGCUUCUGUGGGGCUCAUGGCACGGUCUAUGGACGUGGUGUUUAUUUCGCCAGAGACGCUCACUACUCUGUUCGAUACGCUGGGGGUGGUGGUUUUGGAGGGCGCCACAUGUACCUUGCUAAGGUUCUCGUUGGGCAGUAUUGUGUUGGAAAUUCUUCAAUGAUUGUGCCUCCACCAAAAAAUCCAUCAAAACCUGAAAUUCUUUACGAUUCUGUGGUAAAUAACCAAUCAAGCCCCAGCAUCUUUGUUGUUUUCUUUGAUAAUCAGUGUUACCCUGAAUACCUUAUAACCUUUUGAAGACCACAUGGACCUUUUACUUAGAAAACAGCAGAGUUAAAGGCCGAAAAAGCUUGAAAUGCUUUAUAGUUCAACUUAGUUUAUCAGCUAUAUGAAUUGCAGAAAAUCAUUCUCCUUCACAGUGUAGGGAACAUCAUAUAGAUAUUGGUUAUAGUUUCUCAAUAGCAUUCUUUACAGUCUCAACUCAAAGCUUAUUCUUUAUCCUAUAAAUUGAAUGAUUAUAUCCUUGGAGCUAGAGGGUCCUUGUAAUGCCAAACAGUAAAAUCCAGCUGAACGCUUUUUUAUCUCAACAGUGGAGUUACCACUAGCCUACAGGCAGCAGUUGUCAUUUUUUACGUUUCUCGGGCGAGCGUAGGGAAACGCGAGACAUGCGCGGGGACCACGACAUAGUCGUGUUCCUCGCCCCACGCGUUCACCUCGCGCUUGCCCCGUUUUCUCUCUUGGAAAAGAAAAGAGUUCUGCUGUUCUCAAAACGGUAUUUUCCUUUUUACCGCCAGACUGACAAACAAUAUUUUGUUACAUCAAUUUUCUACCAAAAAUAAAACUGGCGAAAGUAGAGAAUUUCGAAAAAUAUACGUACCUUUUUGAGAAAUUACAGUGAGGUCGCUAAGAUGACAUUUGAUUUAUGAUGUAAAAGAUUUACUGAAAAGAAACUUAGAGAAGCAUUUAUUAUUAGUUGGCAGCCAAAAGCUCGGUCAGAAAGUGUGGCAUAGUAUUACCCACGGGUUUCACGAAUAGGUUUAUUUACUGAAAUAAAAUAUAGAAAGAAAAA